AUGGUUGCGACCUUUUCGCCGCACCGGGACUCGGGCGGCACCCUCCACCUGUCAUCGCACUCGGGGCUUCAUCACGUCGAUGCCAGUUCCGCCAUCCGCCAGCUUCGGCGCUCUCUGUCGCGCUCUCCUUCCAAGAGCUCAAGCUUCUUCCUUAACUCUCGCAACGCCUCACCCUCUAAGUCUACAUACAUCUCCUCGCCUCUAUCUCCUUCGCGCCGAUCGUCACAGAACAACUUUGUGUUGUUCCCUUCCUCAGGCCAGCAGUCACCUCUUGCAGUUCCGUAUCCUCCUAGUGCAAAAAUAACCCGGCCGGCCAUGCGACGGCGAACAUCUCCGCGCAGUCCGGCCAAACGUGCUCUAACUGUGUCGGCGGAUGGCGGUAAUGCCACUCCUAGUCAGCCUAUUUCCAUGUCUAUGGGUAAAGGUGAGGAAAAUGCGCUCACGUUAGAUGACCUGAUGGGUCAAAGUGAGAGCAACAUUUGCGCCAGUCCAUUUCUCUCAACCACCCCAGGCGCCCCUCCGUCUGACACUUUUGCUCCUCGCUCCACACUCUCCCGCAUCGAAAAACGCCGGAGUGGUACCUUUGGAAAUUACGCGACAGUCAGUCCGUUGAAGCGCAGUGACGGCAUCAUGAACCUGGAUCAGGCAUCGCGUGGAAGCCCCUCCGCGAAGAGGCGCAGUGUACAUGCACCCAACAUGUCGGACUUCAGCAUCUUCGACACCGACCAGGAAACCACGCCUGCCAGUCCUUCUGCAAGUGAGAUUCCGCCUUUCCCGACUCCAAUUCAGCCGUUCAGCCCAUUCGCGACCAUUCCCAAGCGCUCAUCAUCGUUGCGACGAUCCACCCUGCAGCAACGCCAGGGUGAACGCUCGCUAUUUGGUCGACCCAAGGCUGCUGGAGAAGGCGAGACAUCACCUAGCACCCCGCUGGCAGUUCGCUCUCGCAUGUCGUUUGACAGUGGCCUCUUUGAUGCAGGACAGGAUAAUCUGUUCUCACCUCGCCCUGUUCCUGCCAGUCCGCUCUUCUCCAAUCCCAGUGGCACCAACCCCAGUGCUGCUGCUCAACCUCCUCGCCCUGCCGCUCAUCCUCUUUCGCGCACGAUCACCCAGUCCUCCUCCGGAUCCAGUCUCGAUGACUCGCCCACUCAUGAACCCGCUCACAAGCCUGAGCGUCUGCCUCGUCCUCUCUUCAACUUCUCCAAAUCUCUACCUGCUGGUGCGACUCGCCCAGCUCCUGUGCGCCGUAUUACGCGCGAGGAUUCGAGUGGCUCGGACACUUUCGCAACACCCGAGAAUUUCAAGCUGGUCAAGCCGCUUCCGGCUGCGUUCAUGUCGACUGGACUGAUCUCAAAGAAGAAUCGCAAUGCGGAGGAGUCUCUUGGCUCGAGCUUCAUCAAGAACAUGCCUGACACUCCAUGCAAGCGCUCUGUCAACCUGUUCACUGCGGGCCCUAACCCAGCUCCAGAACGCCUCUUCGACCAGUCGCGCAUGGUUCGACAGUCUGAGGAUGUACCUCCCUCACCAUUCAACCCUUCUUUCUCGACAGCGCGUCCCAAGCCCAGUCGUGGCAUGGGGAUAUUUGGCAAUACCUUCAACCACCCUGAAGAGCCCUCGCGCCGUGGAAGCUUUGCGAGCGUGGAUGGUGACGAUAUGCUGCAAGCUCAGUCUCCCUCUUCGCGCCAUGACAGCCAGCCACUCAAUGAUUCCGACUUCCCUCCUACUCCUACUAAGCAGACUUUCCUCCCUUCUCGCACCUAUCCUCCCACCACUUCUCAAAUUGCGCCCCUCGAGCGCUUGUCAGAGGCCAGGGCCGGUACCAUCUCGACUCCCUUGCACAACCGGUUCCUGCAAGCUUCACCUCGCACUCCUCGGGAUCAGUUCUUCCCACCUGACCCUAGCGGCUUGUCAAUCUCCGUGCCGAAUGAUCAACAGCCGUUCCAGCCAGACUUUGGCAAUUCCGCUCUUCCUGCCACCCCAACUGGCCCGCGUGAUUCGUUGCUCUCGAGCAAGCGACCCAGCCUCCAACUCAGUGGAUACCACACAACCGAUGUUGAUUCCAGUCUGACAUCGCGCUUUGAGAAGGCCGAGCUGAUCGGCACUGGCGAGUUCUCUCAGGUCUAUCGAGUUUCUCAGCCUCACGAAUCAUCUUUCCCCUCUGUCUUCUCUCUCCCAUCGAGUGGUCCCAAGUCACCCAAUCCUCUGCCCGACCAGGUAUGGGCUGUGAAGAAGAGCAAACAGCCCUACCUGGGCCUCAAGGACCGUGAACGCCGCAUCCGCGAGGUGGACAUUCUGAAGACUCUCGUCCACUCCGACCACGUCAUUUCCUUCGUGGACAGCUGGGAGGAAUGUGGUCAUCUAUACAUCCAAACCGAGUUCUGCGAGGAGGGCAGCUUGGAUGUUUUCCUUGCCCAGGCUGGCCUCAAGGCCCGAGUCGAUGAUUUUCGCAUCUGGAAAAUCCUACUCGAGCUCUCCUUGGGUCUCAAGGAAAUUCAUGAUCAAGGGUUCAUUCACCUUGACCUGAAGCCCGCCAACAUCCUCGUUACCUUCGAGGGUGUACUUAAGAUUGCAGACUUUGGCAUGGCCACGCGCUGGCCCGCUGAGGAGGGCAUCGAGGGCGAGGGCGAUCGUGAGUAUAUUGGACCGGAGAUUCUCAUGGGCCGCUUCGACAAGCCCGCCGAUAUUUUCUCACUCGGCCUGAUUAUGUUUGAAAUCGCCGGCAAUGUGGAAUUGCCGGAUAAUGGAGUGUCUUGGCAGAAACUUCGAAACGGUGACAUGAGCGAUGUGCCCAGUCUGACCUGGAGCUCGGAAACCAGCAUCUUCCGUGAUGCGUCUGGCAACCCUGUUUCGGAGUCUUCCUCGUUUGAGGAGCUCUGUGUCUCUGACCUGGGUGAUGACGACUUCGGCGACGAGUUCGAGACGAGCCGCAAGCUGAACGCCGGCAAACCAACUCAGUUAGAGCGCAGUGGCGAGCUCGUCAAUCCUCCGGACUUCAUGGUAGACGCUCAUCACCUUCAGGCGCUGGACAGGAUUGUCCGCUGGAUGAUUUCCCCCGAGCCUCUCGACCGGCCUACUGCCGACCAGAUACUGGAAACUUACGGGGUCCAGUUUGUCAAUCGACGCCGCCGUGCCGGUGCCACCAUCUUUGAGGGUAACUGGGGGCCCGCCGACGAGAUCUUGGCUGAAGAUGCCGAGAUGAUCGAUGUGUAA